GAAGGAACGUUAAAGACAACGAUGUAUCGCAAACCAAUGGACACAGAUGGGGUACUCAGCUAUAGUUCAAGCCACCCAAAGCACGUGUACGCGGGAAUCGCCUCAUCACUAUUUCACAGAGCAAGAGCUCUGUGCACGGAGGAAGAAGAUAAGAAAGCAGCGCAGAGGGAAGCAAUGAAAACCUUAAUAGCUAGCGGAUAUCCGAAACGAUUGGUGAAACGACAGCUAAAGAAAUGUCUCAACCCACGCGCAACUCCAACCGCAGAGUGGAUAGCGACAGUUGGUAUUCCGUAUAAAGAAGGAACUUCAGAAGCGAUUCGGAGAGUAUUGAAUAAGGAGAAGAUAAGGGUAGUUUUCCAGAAGGGUCGAACGCUACGGUCCACACUUG